AUGGCCGCCCCGGCCUGGACCGACUUCCCGCUCCGCUCCGGCGAGACCCACCCGGCCGUCCUAGAUGGCUACCCGGCCGACGUCGCCCGCCGCUUGAGGGGCCGCUUCAUUGUCCAGCCCGCGGGCAUGCGCGAGGCCUCCCUCAUUGAAGUCCCCAUCGAUGAGGUCGGCGCAGAGUGGGAUGCCGCCACGGGCGACCUCAACUCGCGCGGCACCUUUGAGUCUGUCCUCACCAUCAUUCCGGGCUUGAAGGUCCAAAACUUUACGGGCGUCUACAUGAUGGGCGCCCUGGAAAGGCCAUCCGACGACCCCAACCCCUCCCCGUUUUCCGUCGCCGACCGUGAAAUCCCGGCCAACAUCCUCGGCGGCAAGUCCGCCUUCCGCAACCUCUGUGCCGAGAUGAAGCGCUUGGGCCUGUGCCCCAUCAUCGAUGGUAUCGACCGCGUCUCCCGAACCCGCAUGAGCCGCAAGUACCGCCACCUUACCGUCGAAACUCUUAGCAAUAAGGGCAUUCCGCUGCGCCAUCCCGGCACCGAUGGUCGCGAAAACCAAUGGGAGGACACCGCUCUUUUGAAUCAUCGCCGCGUCGAGACAUGGAACCUCAUGGUAGCCGAGGUCAAGGCCAUGGCGGAGGAAUACGGCGUGGGAGGUAUACGCCUCGAUAACGCCCAAUCACUUCCGCCUAUUAUGGCCCCCAACAUGGAUGAGCUACUUCGUCACGACCCCGAUGGCGAACCGCACUACUCGUUGAGUGAAGUCUUUUACGGUGCUGUCGUGAAAGCAAACGAAGAAUACGGCUAUUGGACCUCGUCAGCAGGCAUUGAAAGAGGCUACCCCAACCCGUUUCUGGUCAAGUUUUGUCGCGAGAUGUGGAACGCUUUCCCGGAUUUUAUCGUCAUGGCCGAGGCCCAUUUUCAUCGCGAGGCUCAGCUGCUCACCUCGGGCCCCGUAGUCCACACCGUUCGAAUCCCUCAGAUUCUCGCAUCCAUUUCUGGCAAGUCUCUGAGAAAAGAUGGCACCGUCGGUCGCGUCCCUGGUAAAAACAGGUCUACUGCUCGCACUUUGUCCAGGUUGUAUAGAAACGACAGCGACUGGCUGCCGAAGAAUGCCAUCAUGGUAAACUGCACCUGCACGCAUUCGUCACCGUACCCAGGCCUGCUGUACGGACGCCGAUCUUGGAUUGCGGUGGACCUUCUCAACUUCCUUCCUGAAGUACCAAUGACGGUUUACGGAGAGGAGAGAGGCCGUGCGUACAGAAUGAACAUGAACGGAGUCUCCAACACCGAAGAAAUGACAGAAUAUGACGUCAACUUCGAUGCCGUGCUACCAAAAUCACCGCCGCUGAGAACAGGACAAACAAUGCCCUCCAAGCCCAAAGGACUACCACCCCUCACACCCCCUCACUCUGUCGAGAGGAAGCUCAAGAUGAAACGCAAGGGCUCGCUAGCCGACUUGCGCCGAGUACCCUCCAACUCGAAUUUGGUACGCUCAAGAUCUCGCGACGACAUGAACGGCAUGUCUGUUCGAAGCGUUUCAGCGGCCGACUUUCGCAAGAUGUCAGCUAUGGAGGAGCAAACGCGACAGGAAAUUGGACCUGCCUCUGGGUACGAUAUUGCACAAAUCGAAGGACAUUACUCUCACAGGCGCAUGCUGCGGCAAGAACUUGCUGCUCUUCACAGCGGAUUCAUGUGCGUCUUGACGAUUGAGCCUCAACUCAAGGAACAAGUGUUCGCUUUUGCUCGCUACACCGAAGACCAAGUGGUUAUCGUUGCAGCUAACUUCAAAGACAACAGGGACGGACCUCAAUACAGCAAUGGUUGCGAUGUGGAACUCGACUUCCAGACUCUUUGGGACGUUCUUCCAGACACCUUCACAACAGGAGCGGCGCCUUGUGCGUUUUAUUCUGUAGUAAAUACAUUCACCGGAAAAGAACAUUCCACCGAUGUGCAAACACUGGAAGAGUUGGUUUUCAGAAAAUACAAGACUCAUCUGGAUCCGUUAGGCAUCAGUCUGCUCACUUUCAAGCCAGUGCAAGACACACCGGAACGCCGCGGAGCACACUUUUCCGAGUGCAUCAACCGCCUCCGCAGUCAAGAAGCCAACGACAUCAAGGACGCUCGCGAGAAUGAUAUUAUCGCGCGACUUGCUCGGGGCGCUGCGGCUUCCGCGAGCGAUUUCGUUGGAGCCAUGGAGUCACUUCGUAAUGGUCUAAGAAACGAGGGAUGCGAAAAAGCUGAGAUGGAGAGGAUUAUGCAGUUGUGCAUGCAACGAGCAAGCCAAUUGCGGUUCAUGGUCGCCUAUGAAGGCGUUCCGAGGCCGAAAGACUUCGAGCCCCCUGCCGCGGAACAUAUUGUCGCGUACCUUACUCAUAUGUCGACGUGUGCCAAGGAUCCAGACCUCAUGACCCUUGCGCGGUCUGUAGUCGCCAAAACCACAAAGCUAGGUCCUCUCGUAUUCCUGACCGCUGAGCUUGGCCGCUUUUCUACUGCUGGAGGUCUCGGGGUCAUGGUGGACGAGCUGACAAAGGGGCUGGCCGGUCUUGGACUGGAAGUAUACGUUGUGUCGCCUUACUACACCGUUAACCGUAAGAAUCGAAGUGGAUACUUGGGAGAUAACAUCCAGUGGACACGGAACAUAUCUGUGAAUAUUGGUACACAUAUUGUCGAAGCUGGGGUAUUCGAAGGAGUGGAAAACGACGUGAAUCUGAUUUUCUUAGAGCGUGGCGACUUCUUUCCAAAAGUAUAUGCGGACCCGGGAGGGUCGGUCAGGCACCUGCAAACCGUUGUCCUCAUGUCUCUCGGUUCCUUGGAGGUUUGUUGCCAAAAGCAACUAUACCCCUCAGUUAUCGUAACAAACGACUGGCUACCCAGUAUGGCCGCUGGCUACCGCGACUUCUUUGGGGACUACUUCAAGAACACGUCAUUUUUCCAUCUCAUCCACAAUCUAGGGGAAGGGGCGUACGAAGGCCGAGUGUAUCCCAACCCCGGAGAAGGUACACUCGAUCAUAUACAUCGCCUCCCAACCCAUGUAAUGGUCAACCCCUGGUGGAGCACUCUCGUCGUUAACCCCUCGAGAUGCGCCAUUAUGAGGAGCGAAAGCUGGGGUACAGUAAGCCCAAGCUAUUUGCGGGAAUUGAGGGCUGGUCACCCUCUGAGCGACCUCCUGCAACAGGCCAAGUCUCCAUUCGCAUAUCCGAACGGCAUUCGCAAGGCCGAACGGGAGGAAGCACUCCGUGUUAAGGGUGCGGAGAGUCAUGCUGCUGCAAAGGAGAUUUUGCAGAAGCGAUACUUUGGGUUUCAGAAAGGAGAUCCCACAAUCCCUUUAUUUGCCUUUGUCGGAAGGAUCACCUCACAAAAGGGUGUCCACUUGAUUUUAAACGCGGUUGACGAACUCAUCGGUCACACGAAUGGCAAGAUCCAAAUUCUUGUCGGAGGGCCUGCUAACUACUCCGAUGAAUAUUCAUCAGGCUGUGCGCGACACAUGGUCGACCUGCGACGGCGUCAUCCGUGGUGCUUCUGGGCCCAGCCAGAUGAGUUCUUCACAGAUGGACCGAUGUGUAAUCUGGGGGCAGAUUUCGGACUCAUGCCGUCGUUGUUUGAACCUGGUGGAAUUGUGCAGCAAGAAUUCUUUGUCGCAGGCACUCCUGUAAUAGCGUACAAAACGGGAGGAUUAAAAGACACCGUCCAUGAGUGGAAGAGUUCACAAGGCGAAGGGAAUGGCUUCACAUUUGAAGAAUAUUCCCAUGCUGACUUUGUGUGGGCGGUGAAACGUGCCCUUCGCGUGUUUGCUCAACCACACGAGUAUGAGGAAAUGCGAGUUGCAGCGGCGGAAACAACAAUUGAUGUGUCCCAGGUUGCUUGGGCGUGGUCGAGCGAAUUCCAUCGCAUUAGGAACGCGAUGUACACACGAGGCGAUGUAGUCGCAAGUAUUAUAUCGUCAACAGUUGACGAAGAGACUGACCUCUACGACCGUUCCGCAAACCCGGUCCUUAUUCAGUGGACGGGGAGCGGAAACUCUGUUGUACUGAAAGGUUCGUUUGACAACUGGACGGCCGAAUGGCCGCUCAGCCAAGCUGUCGGUGAUCAUGGCGCGUUCGGCCUGAAGCUCCUCCUGCGCCCGGGUGAAUACGUGUGCAAGUUCAAGGUGAACCAAGAGUGGACUGUAGCUGAUGACCUUCCCCAAAAACAAGAUGAAGCUGGCUUUACAAACAAUGUACUGCAAGUGCAGUGA